GGACACACCUGGCACCUUGUGCCCCACGGUUCAUCCCGACCGAAUCACCAAACCUUCCUUGCCGCCUGGAAACCGAACCAUUGUAGCGUCACGAUUGCUUCUUGCUUCCGUUUCCGCGUCAUUUAUCCCACCAAGCAAGUCGCGCAACUCCCGUUCAACCAGCAGCAUCUACUACCGACCACCGACUGGGUGAACUCUAGAGGAGAGAAGACGAGAACUCUUGUGCGUCUGUUUCACAGCAGCAGUCCUUGUCCCAUUGUUUAGUCUCGACAGACAAAGCAGGGAUCGUGAUCCAAGGACAAGCCAAAGGUUCAAGGGUAACAACAGCUUUGUUCAACCAUAGCAUCCUGGUAAAGCCGUUGAACCACUCGUCCUUCAGGACAUCGACUGUUGAUCGAACAGCACCCAAGCUCGAGGAACACAAAACACAAAACGCAGACACUAUGGGUGCCCACGCUCCCGUCUCCUCGGUCUCCGUGGUCGAGAUAAAUACUGCCUCGCAGCAGCCCACAUUCCUGCCGUCUUCGUCAGAGAAGAAAGCUGGCCUAGCUGUCUCAGUCUCUGUUACCCCUAUCCCACCACCAACCCCCACCAAACCUGAAUAUACCCUUUCCCAUACCCACUCGCAUCAGUCUAGCACUUCGACGGCCGUUGGGAGAAGCUCCUCGCGAGGCAUCAUGGCCCCCUUUGCCAACAUGUCGCACCCCAUGCGCACGAACCUCAUCUAUGGGAUAGGCGAGUUUGUCGGAACUUUCUUGUUCUUGUUCUUUGGCUUUGCUGGGGCACAGGUGGCCGUCACUGCUCCGGGCAAUGCUGGGGGACUGCCCUCGACGAGCAACUUGCUGUACAUCGCCUUGGCGUUCGGCUUCAGUUUGAUGGUGAACGUUUGGGCCUUCUUUAGGGUUACAGGUGGUAUUUUUAAUCCUGUUGUUACGCUAGCCCUUGUCGUGGUCAAUGGCUUCCCCGCCGUUCGCGCUGCCAUUUGCAUUGUCGCUCAGAUCCUAGGAGCAACUGCGGCUGCCGGGUUGGUUCAAGUAAUGUUCCCCGGUCCCUUGGCCGUCGAGACCACUUUGGGCGGCGGAACGACUACUGUUCAGGGGUUCUUCAUUGAGGUUUUCUUGACAUGCCAGUUGGUCUUUGUCAUCUUGAUGAUGGCCGUCGAGAAGCACCGGGCCACGUAUCUUGCUCCGGUAGUCAUUGGUUUAACUUUGAUCUUGACCUUGUUAGUCGGCGUCUACUUUACCGGCGGCAGUCUCAAUCCUGCCCGCUCCCUCGGCCCGGCCAUUGUCAACCGCCACUUCCCCCGAUACCACUGGAUCUACUGGCUGGGUCCCGCUCUCGGUGCUCUCCUGGCUUGCGGGUUCUACAAGCUGUUGCAGGCCCUCCGGUACCACGAUAUCAACCCGGGUGUGGACGGCGAUGGUCGUGGCGACCUCGAGGGUGGCCGUCACGCGAACGGCGCGGAUCAGGACGGAUUGAAGCACAGUCCUACCGCUACGCGACCCAGCGCUAAUGGCGAGACGGCCGCGCUCAAUAACCAGCCGGCGCAGGUGCCGAGGGAGUUGUGAUGGCCGAAAAGACGUGGGGAACAAUGAUUGGUGUUUUCUUUGUCGGUGUUGCUCGUGUGUUACUAACAAGUACUUGCUUCGCUUUUUGUAUACCUUGUGCUUUUUGUGUUUAGAUGGAUAUCCUUCGGAGGCUGGAACUUGGUCGGGAC